AUGGAGCUAGGGCUCGUGUCUGGUUUGCACGCGGUAGCCAGGAAGCCAAGGUGUGUACUCGGUGUUCCAAGUCUUUCUGAGAUAAUAAAAUCAGAUGCACUUGAAAGAUGGCAGUUUGAAGGUGUGCAGUGUCAGGCUGGAUCUUGCAAUGCCCUGUUACUUCAAUCUCUCUCCUUCUCUCUCUCCCUGCCAUGCGGAGCUGGAGAGAGUAUUUGGUCACAUUUUGGCAUCAUACUAAUCCUUCCAGGUGUUAGACCAGCAAAAUACACCUUUGUCUCCUGUCCCUUUCUGGUGCAGCAGUUGAGGCAAACUACAAGCUGGACACAGCAGAAAGGMGCAUGUUGCAGCACCCUGGUGCCAUCUGAUGAAGUGACUGUUAAUUACAGAUAUGGUCUUCCUGUGGUAACUCUUACUUUGCCCACGAGAGGAGAGCGCUGUCAGUUUACUAUCAAGCCAAUGGUAGUGACAGUUGGAGCAUUUCUGCAGGAUGUACAGAGAGAAGAUAAAGGAAUUGAGAAGGCAGAAGUCUUUGCAAGAGAUGGUAGCAAGGUCUCUGAUGCAACCUUGAUGGAAGUCUUACUGAUGAAUGAUUUUAAACUUGUUAUCAAUGGCAAAACAUACAGCGUGUCAGCUCCUAAAAAAGGUAAGCUGAGCAGUGAGCAUGCUACUGAAAUGGAAGAUAUCAAAUCCUUGGUUCACAGACUGUUUGUGGCUAUACACAUAGAAGAUCACCAGGUCAAGAAAGAGAGAGAAUUACUACAGAAACUGGAAUAUUUGAAAGAACAACUGCUGCCUCUUGAACAGAUGAAAGACAGAAUUGCAGACAGUGCAGAUGCAAAGACCUCCAGGCUUCUCUGGGUGGGCUUAGCUCUGAUGUCGACCCAAGGGGGAGCGUUGGCGUGGCUCACGUGGUGGGUCUACUCCUGGGAUAUCAUGGAGCCAGUCACCUACUUCAUCACCUACGGGAGUGCCAUGGCUUUUUAUGCCUACUUUGUKCUAACUAAACAGGACUACAUUUAUCCACAUGCUAAAGACAGGCAGUUCCUCCACUACUUCUAUCGGAAAUCCAAAAGUCAGCGUUUCAACGUGCAACAAUACAACAAGCUAAAAGAAGACCUAGCAGAGGCUGAGGAGUCGCUGAGGCGUCUGCGCCAACCACUACAGCUGAGGCUUCCGAUCCAGCAAAUCAAUGACAAGGAUUGAUUUCUUUUUUUUUUGUCUAUAAAUAACUGGUUUGUCCU